CAUUCAGAGGGCAUGGGGCUCCCACCUGUCCUAGAGGCUGAUGAAAUGCAGUAGAAGCAGGAAGCAGCUGGGAGCAGCCAGGGAUGGAGUUCCAAUGGGAAUGAGAGGGGCACCUCCAGGAGGACGCCCACAGGGGCAUGGGUGGUGGGGGCUUGGCCUAAGGACCAGGUCGCCAAGUGGAGCAUGUCCCCGAGGUAGGCACUGGAGCACAGGAGCUUGGCCUGGGGUAAGGGUUACUUCACCCCUGUAUGGACCUCCCACUCAGCUCAGGUGCAGGCACUCGCCCAGUUGCCCUUGGUCCCCCAGCAAUAGCCCCCUCUGCCUCCAGGGUGGGCCUGGAGCAGGAAGGGGUCUUGGCCUGGGGGAUGGGCUCUCUGGGCCACUGUCACGCCGCCCCCUCCUCGUGCUGCAUACCUUGCCCACAGCCGAGCAGCUGGGAGGCUAUUUAUAAAGGCGGGUGAGAUCAGCGGCUGGCCGAGGCUAUAAAUUCGAAGGCCGCAGCCGGGCCCCACAGGAGCAGCCACCCGGGGCACCGGAGCUGCUGGCUGCGCGGCCGGGAUGAGCGCCAGCACGGGCGGUGGUGGGGACAGUGGUGGCAGCAGCAGCAGCAGCAGCAGCAGCAGCUCACAGGCCUCCUGCGGGCCCGAGUCCUCGGGCUCUGAACCAGCCCUGGCCACACCGGCGCCUCAGAUGCUGCAGGGGCUUCUGGGCUCCGAUGACGAGGAACAGGAAGACCCCAAGGACUACUGCAAGGGCGGCUACUACCCUGUGAAGAUCGGGGACCUGUUCAAUGGGCGGUACCACGUGGUGCGCAAACUGGGCUGGGGCCACUUCUCUACUGUCUGGCUCUGCUGGGACAUCCAGCGCAAGCGCUUUGUGGCCCUGAAAGUGGUGAAGAGUGCAGGGCAUUACACGGAGACAGCUGUGGAUGAGAUCAAGCUCCUGAAAUGUGUCCGGGACAGUGACCCCAGUGACCCCAAGAGAGAGACCAUUGUCCAGCUCAUUGAUGACUUCAGGAUCUCAGGAGUCAAUGGAGUCCAUGUGUGCAUGGUGCUGGAGGUGCUGGGCCACCAGCUCCUCAAAUGGAUCAUCAAGUCCAACUACCAGGGCCUGCCUGUGCCCUGCGUGAAGAGCAUCGUGAGGCAGGUGCUGCGCGGCCUGGACUACCUCCACACCAAGUGCAAGAUCAUCCACACGGACAUCAAGCCCGAGAACAUUCUGCUGUGUGUGGGGGACGCCUACGUCAGGCGCCUGGCAGCCGAGGCUACCGAGUGGCAGCAGGCAGGGGCGCCAGCCCCCUCCCGCUCCAUAGUCAGCACUGCUCCCCAGGAGGUCUUGACAGGUAAGCUGUCCAAAAACAAGAGGAAGAAGAUGAGGCGCAAACGAAAACAGCAGAAGCGGCUGCUGGAGGAGCGGCUGCGGGACCUGCAGAGGCUGGAGGCCAUGGAGGCCGCGGCCCAGGCCGAGGACUCCGGCUUGAGACUAGAGGGGGGCAGCGGCUCCACCUCCUCUUCCGGUUACCACCCUGGGGGCGCCAGGGCAGGCCCCUCCCCAGCCUCCUCCUCCCCCGCCCCAGGGGGCGGCCGCAGCCUCAGCCCCGGCUCACAGACCUCAGGCUUUUCCGGCUCCCUUUUCUCUCCUGCCUCCUGCUCCAUCCUCUCCGGCUCAUCCAAUCAGCGCGAGACCGGGGGCCUCCUGUCACCCAGCACACCAUUUGGUGCCUCAAACCUCCUGGUGAAUCCCCUGGAGCCCCAAAAUGCAGAUAAAAUCAAGAUCAAGAUCGCAGACCUGGGCAACGCCUGCUGGGUGCACAAGCACUUCACAGAGGACAUCCAGACUCGGCAGUAUCGGGCCGUCGAGGUUCUGAUAGGUGCCGAGUACGGCCCCCCGGCAGACAUCUGGAGCACGGCCUGCAUGGCCUUCGAGCUGGCGACUGGAGACUACCUGUUCGAGCCGCAUUCUGGAGAAGACUACAGUCGCGAUGAGGACCACAUCGCUCACAUCGUGGAGCUUCUGGGGGACAUCCCCCCGGCCUUCGCCCUCUCGGGCCGCUAUUCCCGGGAGUUCUUUAACCGGAGAGGAGAGCUGCGGCACAUCCACAAUCUCAAGCACUGGGGCCUGUACGAGGUGCUGAUGGAGAAGUACGAGUGGCCCCUGGAGCAGGCCACACAGUUCAGUGCCUUCCUGCUGCCCAUGAUGGAGUACAUCCCAGAAAAGCGGGCCAGCGCUGCCGACUGCCUCCAGCACCCCUGGCUCAACCCCUAGGCCAGCCAAGGCUCCGCCUCCAGCUCUCCAAGCCUAGAGGGAAGGCGGGACAGCUCCCGCACCCUGCUGGGCACCAGCUCCCCUCAACUGCAGGGCAGACGGACGCUGGAGCCAGGCCCAGCGCUCAGAGCGUGUUCUGCCUGAGACCCCCAGGAGGGCCUCGGAGGUGUGCGUAUUCCUUUCUUAAUAAAGUGUGGACUGAACA